AUGGACAGAGAGUACUCCAGCAACCCGGAUCGCGGCUCACGCGGGCGCGGCAGGGGCGGUGAUCGCGGCGGACGGGGAGGUUCUUCUGGACGAGGUCGAGGAGGGAGUCGGGCGAGUCAAGGCGAGCCUGGAUCGGUGCCGACCGGAUCCGUCUCGAAACUGAAGGCGCAGUUGAGGCAGACGAAGCGGUUGCUGGCGAGGGACGACUUGAAUCCGGACGUACGCGUGACGAGCGAACGACGGCUAGUCGUCCUCGAGGAGGAGCUCGCCAAGGCUGAACAGUCGAACAAGGAGAAGAAGAUGGUGCAGCGGUACCGCGGUGUCAAGUUCUUUGAACGCCAGAAACUCCUUCGCAAGAUCAAGCAAGCGAAGAAGCAGCUCGAACCUUUGCCGGGUAAUGCAGACGUUGAGAAGACUCUGCUCGAAGCGCGGAUCGACUUGUACUACGUUCUCCGCUACCCCAAGACCGAGAAGUACAUCGCCCUCUUCCCCGACGGUACCUUUGUCCCCCACACCUCCUCCAUCCCCUCCGACGCCUCGCCCUCCGAGCAAAAACGCCAGACUUUGCGGCAGCAGAUCCGGAGACAGAUCGAGAAGGGCGAGUUGAGUCCUGCGGCGGAGGCUGGGGAUCUGGGGAUUGAGGGUGAGGAGGAUGUGGGCGCUGGAGCGGGCAAGAGGGCGAGGAGUGAGGAGCAGGAGGAGGAGGAGCGGGAUGAGGAAAUUGAUCUGGACGAGGCGGACGAGGAGGAGGAGCGACCUGCGAAGAAGCAGAAGAGCUUGCAGGCGGAAGAGGCGGUUGAGGAGGCGGAGGACGAGGCGCCUGAUGCGGGACAGGCGGCCCCGAAGAAGCUGAACCGAAAACAGCGGAAGGAGCUCAAGCGGGCGAAGGAGGCGGGAGCAGCGGAACCAGCGCAGACAGCUUCGCCAGUACGGCCAGCUGAGAAGACGUCGUCGAAGAGCGGACGGACAGGCGGGUCAUCGGCAAAGGAGGCGAAGGAGGCGAAGAACCUGGCUGAAGAAGACGACUUCUUUGCGUGA